UCAGAGACAGAUGUGAGGCGGGACUCCCUCACUCCCUCUCACACACACACAGGCACCAAGUUGUUGCAAAACUUGAGGCUGAAGCUCGACGGCACUUGGUAAAGACGCGUGAAAAGGGAAGAAGGGAUCUGCUCCUGAGAUUGUGACCAUGGCAGAUGAAGCAGCAGUGGUGGAGGAAGGCGCCGCGCCGGCCGAGAACCCGCUGGUCGCUGUCACCUUCCAGAAGAACCACCAGAGAGCACAUAAGUACCUGGAGAGUGAACCCAGGGCUCUGGGGAUCACUCAGAUUUGCUUCAGCCUGUUUCAGAUCAUCCUGGUCAUUAUGCUCAUAGCCCAGGAGCUGGUUACUCUAGAAAGUGGCAUCCUCUUCUUAAUUGCGUCACCACUGGUGAUGAUCGCUGGAUGUGUGGCCAUAGUAGCACAGAACCUCAAUCUGACGAUGCUGAGAGCCUGCUUGGGGAUGCAGAUAGUGUCGUGUGGGGCCUCCGUCUUAAACCUGUUCGGUAAUCUGGCUCAAAUGAGUGACACAAACUCAAUAUGCUGGCACUAUCACUAUGAAAACAGCACAAUGCUUUAUGCAGAGGCCUGCUUAAGUAUGGAGCACACACACAGCCACAUUACUGCUGAGAUUGGGAUUGUCCAUGCUGCUCUGUUUGCCAUCUCUGCCACUCUGGCCGCCUACUGCUGCAAGGUGGUCAACUGCUGCUCGCCGGCGCCCAGAAUGACUGUGAUCACGGUACAAGCUCCAGCUGUCCAGCAGUGAGGAGACCGACAAAUGCCACAAACCACAAACAGCUGCACUAUCCAUCAGUAUUUUUAUACUAACAACAACCCAUCGUGUGUAAUGUGAAACACUUACUCUGCUUUCACUACCGUAUCGUUUUGUUGUUGAUUUAAAAAAGAAGGUCCAGUGUGGAAGAUUUAGGAAGUGAAUAUUCUACCCACAUGUAUGUUUCUGAAUCAGAAUACUUUAUUAAAUCCCUGUGUGGGGAAAUUGGGUCAAAUUGGUAGCGCAGAACAAAACUCGACCAGUUUUGGAAAAUCAACGUUUUAUGUCAGGUAAUGACUUGAAAUAAAGUUGAGUGGAAAGUUGAAACAGAUGCAGUCAAGGUCGUUUUUUGACCCCAGAGGACGGCAGGUGUGAAAAAAAUUUAAAUGAUACAAAUACAACAUCCUCACCAAAGUUUUAACUCAAAAACAGGGUAUACUUUUAUCUAAACAAGGUUUAUUGGCCCUAAAAUUCUAAACUGAAUGGAAAAUUGUGUGAUAAUAGGACUAAAGAUGCUUUAAAUAACAGUCAAACGAGAUGAGGGCCAUCUUUGACCCCAGAGGACAAAAGGUGUAUGACAAUCGGGAGGGACGUUUCGAGGGCUAAAGUGUAUAAUCACUUUAAAAUAAACAUCAUUUGGUUUUUGUGACCGUAAAUUAAGAAAAAUAAGAAGCGUAUUAUGAUGCAAACAGAAGAAAAAUAUCCUUUUCGGUAUGUGAUGGCCGCUGUAGCUUCUUGCAAUCUGCAAUCUUGCCAUUAGAUGUCACUGUUUCUUACACACUGGGCCUCCAAAUGUAUAAACGUAUGAAUUUUUUUUACAAUUUUGUUGUCUCUGCCGAACAUAAAAAUAAUUGUCAGUGUUUACAGCUUCAACAAUGUCCCGACUCUUUGUACGUGAUCUGUUUAAUACGGUAUGUUCUCUGUAACGUGAAAUGAUUUGUCUUAUAAAGCUUCACUCUCUCACUUAAACAUGUACACAACUGUACAGAGAUGACAUAUACACUUAAUUGAGACUUGGAUGUUAUUAUUAUUAUUAUGCACAUUCAUAUUCUUAUAAACAUCACUUUGAGAUUGUUACUUUAUGAUUAUCGCUACUAUUGUUUCCUUUGUCACUGCCAUUAACAUCUGAUACAUAAUAAACCAACAUAAAAGGA